CGCUCUGGGGGCGGGAUCAUCCGGGUCCUCGAAACCUCGUGGGGCUUGUUAGUUUUGCGACCCAGUGGCUCCUCCCUCUACCAGUCGUCCCGGCUUCGCGUGAGCCUUGGGACGCACUGCGCAGGCGUCGUCCUGUGGCAAUUUGGUCACCUUGGAGCUUUAGGAUGGUCACCAAUAGCCACCUCCGCCUUGGUGGGCUCCUCUCCUCUCUGCUAGCCCUUAAAGGGUUUGGGGACCAGGCAAGCAUUUCUCCUCCUCCCGUUCGCCCCAGCCAUCAUCCCUUGUAAGUCAAAGUCAGACGCCGGGGCCUGAAGCCUGGGAAAGCCAUAAGUCUGGCUGCUUGAUUGGCGUUUAGUAGUGAGUUCUCGGUUCCCGGAGGUAUUUAAGCAAAGAGUGGAAUUUGGCAGUGGUGGAGAAGAAGCGAUUCCUAAACUGAUUGGUGUAAUAGAUAACCCCUUAAAAAAGCCCCUCCUAGCGCUGAAGAGUAAGAUGCUACAGUAGAGUUUGGCCGCAGAGCAUCAGCCUCUGGCAAAGAGCUGGCCGGCACUUUCUACUCAAAACUAAAAACCGGGAGAGAGUGGGUCGGUUUUCAGUAUCAGUGGCGGGACCGUCACGGAGAUAGGACCGUCUCGGUACUUCCUGGUUCUCACGCUCCGGAUUUUUAUCCCCGGGGCUCUUUGAGUGCACGCCCCUCUGCAAAGCCGGUUUCGGUUCCUAAUGAAAGCAGGUCCUCAUCAGCCACUCAUAACCCAAAAAAAGUUGCCAAAUAGAUCCCUGUAGAAACGCCAGAUUGAGCCUGGAAAUCCCACGAGCGAGAGUCAAUCUGUCACUCCUUACGGACCUGGAGGGGACUCCAUUUCCCAGGAACUAGACGGAGGUGAAGCGCUGGCUCUAAUUUAGAAAGACGGCCAAUCGGCGUCUUAAAAAGAUCGCUCGCAGCCUUGGUCUGAGAACUGGGAGCCAAUCGGGUUGACCGGGAGGCCAUGGACGCUGCCGGGAAAGAGGAAAUCAGUGUUGAAGAUGAAGCUGUGGAUAAAAACAUUUUCAAAGACUGCAGCAACAUUGCUUUCUACAGGCGUCAGAAACAGCAGCUCUCCAGGAAGUCCAUGUAUCGGGCAUUACUGGACUCGGUCACAGCGGACAGAGACAGCACUAGAUUCCAAAUAAUCAAUGAAGCGACGAAGGCUCCUCUCUUGGCUGAAGUUUAUGGUAUAGAGGGAAAUAUCUUCAGGCUUAAAAUCAAUGAAGAAACUCCCCUGAAACCCAGAUAUGAAGUUCCUGAUGUCCUCACAAGCAAGCUAAGCACUGUAAGGCUGACUUCAUGCUCAGGGGACUCAGGCAGUCUGGUGUUGGCAGAUGGCAAAGGAGAUCUGAAGUGUCAUAUUACGGCAAACCCAUUCAAGGUAGACUUGGUGUCUGAAGAGGAGGUCGUGAUGAGCAUAAACUCCCUGGGCCAAUUGUACUUUGAGCACCUGCAAAUUCGUCUCAAGCAAAGAGCUACCAAAGAAAAUGAGGAGGAUGCAUCAGUUGACACCUCUCAGGAAAAUCAAGAGGAUCUGGGCCUGUGGGAGGAGAAAUUCGGAAAAUUUGUGGAUGUCAAAGUUAACGGUCCUGCCUCCAUUGGUUUGGAUUUCUCCUUGCAUGGAUUUGAGCAUCUCUAUGGGAUCCCGCAACAUGCAGAAUCACACCAACUUAAAAAUACUGGUGAUGGGGAUGCUUACCGUCUUUAUAACCUGGAUGUUUAUGGAUAUAAAAUACAUGACAAAAUGGGCAUUUAUGGUUCAGUGCCUUAUCUCCUGGCCCACAAACUGGGCAGGACUCUAGGCAUUUUUUGGCUGAAUGCCUCAGAAACACUAGUGGAGAUCAAUACAGAGCCUGAAGUAAAGUACACACUGACCCAGACGGGCCCAGCUGCUGCCAAACAAAAGGUCACAUCUCGGACCGAUGUGCACUGGAUGUCAGAGAGUGGAAUCAUUGAUGUUUUUCUGCUGACAGGACCUACACCAUCUGACGUCUUCAAGCAGUACUCGCACCUUACAGGCACACAAGCCUUGCCCCCUCUCUUCUCCUUGGGGUACCAUCAGUGCCGCUGGAACUAUGAAGAUGAGCAAGAUGUAAAAGCAGUUGAUGCAGGAUUUGAUGAACAUGACAUUCCUUAUGACGUCAUGUGGCUGGACAUAGAGCACACUGAGGGCAAAAGGUACUUCACUUGGGACAAGAAAAGAUUCCCAAACCCCAAAAGGAUGCAAGAGCUGCUCAGGAGCAAAAAACGUAAGCUUGUGGUCAUCAGUGACCCCCACAUCAAGGUUGAUCUUGACUACUCAGUGUAUGCCAAAGCUAAAGAACAGGGCUUCUUCGUGAGGAAUCAUGAAGGGGGAGACUUUGAAGGGGUGUGCUGGCCUGGUCUCUCCUCUUACCUGGAUUUCACCAAUCCCAAAGUCAGAGAGUGGUAUUCAGGUCUUUUUGCUUUCUCUGCUUAUCAGGGAUCUACUGACAUCCUCUACGUAUGGAAUGACAUGAACGAACCCUCUGUCUUUAGAGGGCCAGAGCUAACUAUGCAGAAGAAUGCUAUUCAUCAUGGCAACUGGGAGCACAGAGAACUACACAACAUCUAUGGUUUUUAUCAUCAAAUGGCUACUGCAGAAGGACUAAUACAACGAUCCAAAGGGAAGGAGAGACCCUUUGUUCUUACACGUUCUUUCUUUGCUGGAUCACAAAAGUAUGGUGCUGUGUGGACAGGCGACAACACAGCAGAAUGGAGUUACCUGAAAAUUUCUAUCCCUAUGUUGCUCACUCUCAGUGUCACUGGGAUCUCUUUUUGUGGAGCUGAUGUAGGUGGCUUCAUCGGGAACCCAGACGCAGAGCUGCUAGUGCGUUGGUACCAGGCCGGAGCCUACCAGCCCUUCUUCCGUGGCCACGCCACUAUGGACACCAAGCGACGGGAACCGUGGCUCUUCGGAGAGGAACACACCCGGCUCAUCCGAGAAGCCAUCAGACAGCGCUACACCCUCCUACCCUAUUGGUAUUCUCUGUUCUACCAUGCACACGUUGCUUCUGAACCCGUCAUGAGGCCUCUGUGGAUAGAGUUCCCUGAUGCAUUAGAGGCUUUUGGUGUGGAAGAUGAAUACAUGCUAGGAAGUGCUUUGUUGGUUCAUCCAGUCACAGAACCAAAAGCCACUGUAGUUGAUGUGUUUCUGCCAGGAUCAAAUGAGGUCUGGUAUGACUCUAAGACAUUUACUCGUUGGGAAGGAGCAUGUACUGUGAAGAUCCCAGUAGACUUGGACACUAUACCAGUGUUUCAACGAGGUGGAAGUGUAGUGCCAAUAAAGACAACUAUAGGAAAGUCCACAGGCUGCAUGACUGAUUCCCCAUAUGGACUCCGGGUGGCUCUAAGCACUAAGGGUUCUGCCGUGGGUGAAUUCUAUCUUGAUGAUGGCCAUUCAUUCCAAUACGUCCACCAGAAGCAAUUCUUGCACAGGAAGUUUUCAUUCUGUUCAGGUGUUUUGAUCAACAGUUGUGCCGAUGAGAGGGGUCGUUAUCCCAGCAAGUGUGUGGUGGAGCAGAUCUUUAUCCUAGGCCUCAAGAAGAAGCCAUCUUCUGUGACCACCCACUCAUCUGGUGGUGAAGACCAGCCUGUGGCUUUUGUAUAUUGUGCCAAAACAUCCACCUUGAGCCUGGAGAAGCUCUCACUGGACAUUGGUGCUGACUGGGAGGUCCACGUCAAAUGACAGAGAAGCGCGCCUGGGGACGAGUGCAGGGAGCAGCCUGCACCUGUCGGCCUUUCCCUUGGCCUUUUUUGAGAUUUGUGCUACAUGCUAAUUGACUGCUCUGGCUCAGAACAAUCAUCUUUCAUGAGUCACCAGUUUACCAAUGAACAAUAGGUUUCAGAUUUUACAUUUGUGGAUGUACUAGUAAUACUCUUUGAGUCAAAUACCACCUCUUUUCCUGAUGCAAGUAGCCCCGAGAUAUUUAUAGAGUUCAUGAAUCUUCCAUUGCUUCUUGGGCUGUGGCUCCGAGGUUAGACCUGCAGCCCAGUGAGCAGCUGCUCUCUGAGCACACCUUCGAUGGGUGUGUUUGCUGUGAGAUGUGGGCCGGGCCCACCUCCUGUGGCCCAUUGGUGGAAUCUUGCCUCAGCCCCUGCAGCAGAGUCACUGAGGCUACAGCAGCUGAGUUUCUCGAGGCCUGUCCCCAAGUGGACAGCAGCUCUGGUACCCCUCGCAGUUAUCUUUCACCCACUUAGACGUGGGGAAAACAACCCUUUUCUGCUUGCACUGCGUACGUCGCAGCAACAGGGAGUAUACUCCCCUAGACUGGCUCAGGGACACAAAGGAUUCUCUUCCCUGUCAUGUUUUCUGGGUUCCAAAGUUCUAAAUUAGUCUUCUUAAAGUUCUAACUUCUUUAUCUUAAUUGUUUUUCUUAAAUAUUUUCUACUGGCCAAAGAAUAUUUGUAACAUGAGUAAGCUCUAAUUUAUAAUAAUAAAAUAAACACCCAUGUCCCCAUCACCGAACUUCAGAAUAGACCGCAGGCUGGGACGAGGAUGAGGCACUUGCCUUGGGCACAGAAUGUAAAGGGGUGGCAAAAACCCUAUAGUAAUCAAAGUAAAUAAUAUUUUAGUGCAGUAUUUUUAAAAGUCAAAAUUAAUGCAAAAAAAUCCAUGAUGAAGAAAAUACCAAAAUUUUAAAUAAAGAUGGGAUCGGAAUUGCCGAGUUUUCCUUUUGCCUCAGGCUCCAGUACGGCUUGGCAUGGAUUAGAACAUUACAACAUACAUUUCCUCAGGACGCUCCCUGCUUUGGUGACACCAUGACUCCCUGCUGCCUGCCACAGCGUCUGUUGGGGCUGCCUCAUGUCCUCAGCACCCCUCCACAUGCACAUUUUCUUAUCAGACUUCUUCUGCUUAGCAACUUGCCAGCUGCCAUCUCUGCCUUUUGUUCCCUGGGCCCCAAUAUCCACUGCCUUCCCUCUACCUAUGCAGAUCUUACCCUCUGCACAGGCCCUACUCAAAUCCCACUUUUCCAUGAAGUCUUUCUAACCACCCUGUCACCCCUACUCCCCCUUGCCCAUAAGCGGUGAUUUUGCCCCUCUCUGAAAUGCUGCCGUAUUUAUAACAUGUGCUGUACUUAUUCUCAGGGACGAUCCCUUAAUGUUUCAGGUCUGUCUGUCUCAUUGCCCUGCUAGACUGUAUGUCCCCAAGAGCGUGUUAUAGUUGUCUUUGCUCUGCCAGAGCACCAUUAGACUUGGCUUUCAGUAACUGUUCUCUGUAAUUGCGUAACUAAUGGAUUUGAUUGAUUAAAAAGUGAGAAUUAAAUGUA